AUGACAAGUGCGGCUUUUCGAGCUUUUUGGAACAAUCCUGUUGGUCCAAAAACUACUCAUUUCUGGGGUCCUGUUUCAAACUCGAGUUUUUUCAUUUCUGGGAUGAUCGAUACACAAAAACCUCCCGAAAUGAUAUCUGGCAACGUGACCGGAGCAUUAUGUGUGGCAUCAAUGUUGCUGAUGAGGUUUUUUGCAUGGAUGGUUCAACCCCGGAACUAUUUGCUCCUAGCUUGUCAUGCUUCUAAUGAGACUGUGCAACUUUAUCAGUUCUCUCGUUGGGCUCAAUAUCAUGGGUAA